GCAGGGGGCCUGAAGCGGUUCGCCAGACGCAAGCCAUUGAACAUACGCACCACAGAGCAUGACCAUCAUCUCCAUAACAGACGUCGACCUGUUCGAUGGCGUUGGCAUCAAGCACGUGCGCAACCAGUGCUUCCAGGCGAGCCCCGGCAAUGUCCUGGAGCCCAAGUCGUCGCCCGACGUGGUCAUCGACGGCUCCGGUUGCACGUUGAUGCCUGGCCUCAUCGACUGCAAGGUCGAUAUUGAUGCGUGUCCGAUGGCGCUCCCGUCCUUUGCCGCAUGCGGCGUCACAACCGUCAUAGACCUGGUCAGCACAAGCGCAGAGAACCAAGCGAUGCGCAGAGAGUCCCGGCACCCGAAGAUGCCUAGCUACCUCGGGUGCGGAUGCGUCCUUAGGCCCGAGACGGUCGCCUCAGAAGGAUUAUUUUCCUUUCGCGCCGUACGGGUCGUGAGAACGCCAGCAGAGGCGACGCGUCUUGUGGAGGAGCUGAUCGCGGACCCGGCACGCGCUGACUACAUCAACGCCAUCGCGGACCAGCCGGGCUUGGACUCGGACACUCUGGAAGCCACUGUCGCCGCGGCACACCGGCACGGGAAGCUGGCUAUUGCUCACGCGUCGCAAACUAAGGCGUACGACGCGGCGCUGCUCGCUGGCUUCGACAUCGUCACAGCCGUCCCCGUCGACGGGCCUUUAGGCGAGGAGAUGGCGCAGGGGUUCGCGCAACGAGGCAUCGCCGUCGUUCCCACGCUUUGUUUCGUCCAGAAGGCGCUCCAGGACGAAACGACUCGCAAUGGUCGCAACUUUGGCCACGCCGUCGCCGCGGUGAAGCAGCUGUAUAGCGCCGGCGUCUGCAUCUGCGCGGGCACGGCUGCUUACCAGCAUCGCAGCACGGGCAUCCCGUUUGGUACCAGCCUUCUCGACGAGCUGGAGCUUCUGUCGCGAGCGGGGCUGUCGAAUCUUGAUGCCCUUCGGUCCGCCACAUUCGUGCCCGCAAGCGUGUUUCGGCUGCACGACCGAGGCAGCGUCGACCGCGGCAAGAGGGCAGACCUCGUGCUCGUCUAUGGUAGUCCACUGUCCGACUUGAACGCGAUGAGAAGGAUCCGGCAGGCUUGGAUCGAGGGAGUGGAGGUCCAGGUGGAGAUGAAAUUGGAAGUGAAGGCCGAGGCCGAGGCCGAAAGCAAGGGGUAAAGGAGGACUCACGACCUUUUAACAUUGGCCCUUUGCCGGGCGAGCGUCCUGUAGCACAUGCCCGGCUUUUGCGUGAAAUUUCUUAGGCAUAGUCCUCAUUAUCAAAGGAAAAGAUGAUUAAAGGGAACUGCGUUGUCUCUACCGCCCUGCAUGGCCGCACAUCAGCGUGUGGUUGCAGUUUUCUCUCACAACCUAUCCUCACGCACACGAUCUCGAGUG